CCCCCUGCGGGCAGGGUGGAGGAGGAAGAGGAGGAGGAGGAAGACGUGGACCAGGUCCCCUACCCUACACGGAACACCUGGCUGCGCGGCUGCCACUUCUCUUUCAGGGGGAGGAGAGGAGAACCUGGGAGAGCCAUGGGGGGCUGCGAAGUCCGAGAAUUUCUUUGGCAAUUAGGUUUCUUCUUGCCUCUGCUGACAGUUUGGCCGGGAGACUGCAGCCACAUCUCCAACAACCAAGUUGUGUUGCUUGAUACAACAACUGUGCUGGGAGAGCUAGGAUGGAAAACAUAUCCAUUAAAUGGGUGGGAUGCCAUUACUGAAAUGGAUGAACAUAACAGGCCCAUUCACACAUACCAGGUAUGCAAUGUAAUGGAACCAAAUCAAAACAAUUGGCUUCGUACAAACUGGAUCUCCCGAGAUGCAGCUCAGAAAAUUUAUGUGGAAAUGAAGUUCACACUGAGGGAUUGUAACAGCAUCCCAUGGGUCUUGGGGACUUGCAAAGAAACAUUUAAUCUGUAUUAUGUGGAAUCAGAUGAGUCCCAUGGAAUUAAAUUCAAGCCAAGCCAGUAUACAAAGAUCGAUACAAUUGCUGCUGAUGAAAGUUUUACCCAGAUGGAUUUGGGUGAUCGCAUCCUCAAACUCAACACUGAAAUUCGUGAGGUGGGGCCUAUAGAAAGGAAAGGAUUUUAUCUGGCUUUUCAAGACAUUGGGGCAUGCAUUGCCCUGGUAUCAGUCCGUGUUUUCUACAAAAAGUGCCCCUUCACUGUCCGUAACUUGGCCAUGUUUCCUGACACCAUCCCAAGGGUUGACUCUUCCUCUUUGGUUGAAGUAAGGGGUGCUUGUGUGAAGAGUGCAGAAGAGCGUGACACUCCUAAACUAUAUUGUGGAGCUGAUGGAGAUUGGCUGGUUCCUCUUGGAAGGUGCAUCUGCAGUACAGGAUAUGAAGAGAUCGAGGGUUCUUGCCAUGCUUGCAGACCAGGAUUCUAUAAAGCAUUUGCUGGGAACACAAAAUGUUCUAAAUGCCCUCCACACAGUUUAACCUACAUGGAAGCAACUUCUGUCUGUCAGUGUGAAAAAGGUUACUUCCGAGCUGAAAAAGACCCACCUUCCAUGGCAUGUACCAGGCCACCUUCAGCUCCUAGGAAUGUGGUUUUUAACAUCAAUGAAACAGCCCUUAUUUUGGAAUGGAGCCCACCAAGUGACACAGGAGGGAGAAAAGAUCUCACAUACAGUGUAAUCUGUAAGAAAUGUGGCUUAGACACCAGCCAGUGUGAGGACUGUGGUGGAGGACUCCGCUUCAUCCCAAGACAUACUGGCCUGAUCAACAAUUCCGUGAUAGUUCUUGACUUUGUGUCUCACGUGAAUUAUACCUUUGAAAUAGAAGCCAUGAAUGGAGUUUCUGAGUUGAGUUUUUCUCCCAAGCCAUUCACAGCCAUUACAGUGACCACAGAUCAAGACGCGCCUUCCCUGAUAGGUAUGGUAAGGAAGGACUGGGCAUCCCAAAAUAGCAUUGCCCUAUCAUGGCAAGCACCUGCUUUUCCCAAUGGAGCCAUACUGGACUACGAGAUCAAGUACUAUGAGAAAGAGCAUGAGCAGCUCACCUAUUCCUCCACGAGGUCCAAGGCCCCCAGUGUCAUCAUUACAGGUCUCAAGCCAGCCACCAAGUACAUAUUCCAUAUCCGAGUGAGGACUACAACAGGAUAUAGUGGCUACAGUCAGAAGUUUGAAUUUGAAACAGGAGAUGAAACUUCUGAUAUGGCGGCGGAACAGGGGCAGAUUCUGGUGAUAGCCACCGCGGCUGUCGGGGGAUUCACUCUCCUUGUCAUUCUUACUUUGUUCUUCUUAAUCACCGGCAGGUGCCAAUGGUACAUAAAGGCAAAAAUGAAGUCAGAAGAGAAGAGAAGAAACCACUUACAGAAUGGGCAUCUACGCUUCCCAGGAAUUAAAACUUACAUAGAUCCAGAUACAUACGAAGACCCAUCCCUAGCAGUCCAUGAAUUUGCAAAGGAGAUUGAUCCCUCAAGAAUUCGCAUUGAGAGAGUCAUUGGGGCAGGAGAAUUUGGAGAAGUCUGUAGUGGGCGUUUGAAGACACCAGGGAAAAGGGAGAUCCCAGUUGCCAUCAAAACUUUGAAAGGUGGCCACAUGGAUCGGCAAAGAAGAGAUUUUCUAAGAGAAGCUAGUAUCAUGGGUCAGUUUGACCACCCAAAUAUCAUCCGACUAGAAGGUGUUGUCACAAAAAGAUCCUUCCCGGCCAUUGGCGUGGAGACAUUUUGCCCCAGUUUCCUGAGGGCAGGGUUUUUAAGCAGCAUCCAGGCUCCGAAUCCAGUGGCAGGGGGAGGGUCGCUGCCCCCCAGGAUUCCUGCUGGCCGGCCAGUUAUGAUUGUGGUGGAAUAUAUGGAGAAUGGAUCCCUAGACUCCUUUUUGCGGAAACAUGAUGGCCACUUCACAGUCAUCCAGCUGGUGGGUAUGCUUCGAGGCAUUGCAUCAGGAAUGAAGUAUCUCUCUGAUAUGGGUUAUGUUCAUCGGGACCUAGCCGCUAGGAAUAUAUUGGUCAACAGCAACUUAGUGUGCAAAGUCUCUGAUUUUGGUCUCUCCCGGGUGCUGGAAGAUGAUCCAGAAGCUGCCUAUACAACAACGGGUGGGAAAAUCCCCAUCAGGUGGACAGCCCCAGAAGCGAUUGCCUACAGAAAAUUCUCCUCCGCGAGUGAUGCAUGGAGCUAUGGCAUCGUCAUGUGGGAGGUCAUGUCCUAUGGAGAGAGACCGUAUUGGGAGAUGUCUAACCAAGAUGUCAUUCUGUCCAUUGAAGAAGGUUACAGACUUCCAGCUCCCAUGGGCUGUCCAGCAUCUCUGCACCAGCUGAUGCUCCAUUGCUGGCAGAAGGAGAGAAAUCACAGACCAAAAUUUACUGACAUUGUCAGCUUCCUUGACAAACUGAUCCGCAAUCCCAGUGCCCUUCACACCCUGGUGGAAGACAUCCUUGUGGUCGCCGGACCCCACAGCCAGUGCCCCCCAGCAGAGCUCUCCAGCUGUUCUGUGGCUAUACAAGCAGGCAGAAUGCCGGAGUCGCCUGGAGAAGUUCCUGAAUAUCCUCUGUUUGUCACAGUGGGUGACUGGCUGGAUUCUAUAAAAAUGGGGCAAUAUAAGAAUAACUUCAUGGCUGCAGGGUUUACGACUUUUGACCUGAUUUCAAGAAUGAGCAUCGAUGACAUUAGAGGAAUUGGAGUCAUACUCAUUGGACACCAGAGACGAAUAGUCAGCAGUAUACAGACGUUACGUUUACACAUGAUGCACAUACAGGAGAAAGGAUUUCAUGUAUGAAAGGACUACAAGCACCGGUGUUUUGUGCCUCAGCAUUUCUAUAAUGAAAGGUAUCCUCUCCACUACCCGCUCUUCUGAAUCUCCAAACAUCACUUUACAAACUGCUGUCCCCUGCUCAGACUACGGGGCACACACUCUUGUUUAUGCUUCCAACCUGGAUUUUUAAAUCAUGCUUCAUAGCUCCUCUCUGAAUAACCUGCAAAUAAAACCCUGGCCCACUGCAGAUAUCACUACACAAUGGUAAAUAACUCAGCAUGGAUGUGUAACUUUGUAUAACAGCAUUUGGGAAGUGUUCAGGGACUUAACACAGGAAUUUGCCCAGAUGUAACUUCCUUAAUGAUGUAUUUAGAGUUUGAUGGUAGAUGAAAAAGAAAUAGUUGACCUUAUUUUCAUGGUUUGUGAUCAAGUAGCUUCCAAAUUGACAUGCAUAUUUAUUUGUUAGAUAAUUAUAUUUAACUCUAUGGGUCGUAUUGUUAUUUUAUUUUAUAAUGGUCUAAUUGUUGAUGCCUAAUGUUAGAUUUACAGAAAUGAGCAAUGGUUUUAUGUAGUGAAUUCUUGUCAGGUGUGACUAUGGUGAGAAGGGGGUUAUCGGGGAGGGAAAGGGAAAAACAUACUGUGCUUUCAGAUCUUCUAAGGCUGGGUUUGUCUAUUUUUUUAAAAAGUGUCCUACGUAUUUCAUAGUAGGUGGUAGUUUAGAGGCUUUCCCCCUCUAAUUUUUUACUAACUGCAGUACUAUAGUACAUUUCUCUACUACCUUAUAAAGAUCACCUCUAGAAAGACCAUGACAGAGUCCUAUGCUCUAAAGGCUUUCACAGAGUGAAGUAUAGAAUAAAACAUGACUAUUUCCUUGGCUCUUCUUCACAAGUUUCCAAAAAUAAUUAUUCUCAGUAGAAUUCCUUGAAAUAAAAGCUCUAAGAUUAUAGCCUUGGAUUUAAUGUUAAAAUGUUAAUUUAAUUUAAACAGCAUUUAAUAAUAGUUGUCUGGUGGCAAAAGAAAAUAAACACAUGUAGCUGACCAUUUGAUAUUAGUGCAUUUUGCAAGCUUAAGAAUUGUGGUUUUGUUCAUAAAAAUAAGUUACAUGAACAUGCUGAGCUGUUUUCCAAACCUUCCAAGAGACAGGUAUGCCAUUGCAUACUCCAAAGAGAGCAUAAACUGAUCUAACACAUGAACAUACAUAAAUAUUGUGUCAACCUGGGUUCAUAAUACAAUAACAUAAAAACAUGAAACAGCUAAGGUAUGCUGUUGUCAUAAUCUUCUUGGAGGCUGUCAAAAAGACAAGUACAUUUUUUAGUGAAUUAUGCUGAGUCAGCUUAAUUGAACAAAUUCAAUUAUAAAAUCAGCUGUUCUUUGUGAAACUAAAAAAAAAAAAAAAAUGACUGUUGUGCUAGGUAUAAGAGUAGGGAGAAUGUGUUAAGGAAGAAAAACCAAAAGGCCAGGUUGUCUAAAGAUGCUAAUGUAAUAAAUCAGUGUUUAUUUGAUCACAUAGAUAAAGGUGCCUACCCACAUUCUCAGAUUCCUACCUAAAUCACAUUUUUUGGUGACAGUAGCUUUCUUGCUAUUAAAGGAGAUUCACUUUUUUUGUUUAUCUUUUUUCAGAUUUGUUGAUUGUCCCAUUAGACUACACUUUUCCACAUAUUUAUUUUCUUAAUGAUUUAUCUCCUGAUUUUUGCCUACCACAGCUUAAUUUGUCUCAUUUCAAAAAAAAAUGUAUAGAGCUAAAAGGAAGAGUCUUUAAAAUACUCCUUGAAGUAUACUAAAAAGGAAAAAAGUAGGAAAUCCAUCACUUUUUAAGUAAGUGUAUCAGAAAUAGCUAGCAGCAUUUUCCAGCCAUCACCCGCAUGGUCACACAUCACUCACAAACUAUCUGCAGUUUGCUUGAUACAUUAACACAAAUAUGAGUACAUUUAGAGGAAAUAUAAAAU